GCGCGGAGGAGAGGCACGAGAGCGCUUUUCUCACUCAGUCCGGCGACACAUCCAUGCAUGAUUGCGGUGCGUUUACUGGGGUGAGUGCAAGCUUUAAGUUUUACAACACAUUCGACGCUUCAGUAAAACGUAACUAGAAACAGAAAAAAAAGAGUUUCCAAAAGUCCAGUCCCUUAGGAGGAUCGGCUCACCGCGUUACGCACGCACAGCACAGCAACAUAUUUACAUUAGGACACUUGCAACGUUAUUUAUAAAGUGUCACGGAUCUGCUGCGUUUAAUGUCUGUUUCACAAUAGUCAGCAUGUAGUCGGUCAAAUGAAAGAUAUGUUUAUGAAUGGAACUGCUGAAUGCGCUCGAGCGCACAGCAGUUCAUGUUCCAUUUCUAAUAAAUCGCUUAAAGUCAGUCUCCUACUUCAAAGGGUGAUCGGACGGCGCGCUCAGAGUCCAACCGCUGCAGAAUGGACGGACUUUACGACCAACAAGUGCCUUUCAUAAAAUCUCAUAAUCCUCGGGCAAAGACGUUCAACACGAGACCAGCGAAGGACAGGAAAAGAAAAUUCAUUAACUCUGACCUGGCAUUGGACACCGAGGAGCUGUUUCAAGAUCUCAGCCAACUUCAGGAGACCUGGCUCGCUGAAGCUCAAGUUCCUGACAAUGAUGAGCAGUUUGUUCCAGACUUUCAGAGUGAAAACUUGGCGUUCCACGGGCUGCAGUUGAGGAUAAAGAGAGAGCCCCACAGUCCGUGUACUGAUCUGGGCUCAGCCUGCAGUCAGGAGAGGCCCUUCAGAAUCCACUAUGGGGAGAAGUGCCUGUAUAACAUCAGUGCCUACGAGCAGAAGCAUCCCUCGGGAAUGAAGGCCUCCAGCCCAGUGUCUACCCCCUGCAGCACGCCCGUGUCCCCUGGCCAGCAUGUGUCUCCCUCUAAUGCUCCCACCCCGAAACCAGACAGGACGUACCCUCACCUCGCACCCCCACAGCCCCUCCCUGACAGCGCUUACCCCAUGGACCACAGUGUUUUAUACAGAUUUCGGCGGCAGUUGUCGGAGCCGUGUCAUUCGUUCCCCUCUCCUUCAAUGUCGCGGGACGGACGGCCCAUGUAUCACAGACAGAUGUCAGAACCCAGCAUCCCCUUCCCUCCUCAGGGGUUCAAGCAGGAGUACGGCGACCCCCUCUUCGAACAUCCGGCAAUGGUGGGGGCGCCCCAGCUCCCCCAGACGUACCCACACUCCAUGAUGAUCAAACAAGAGCCUCGCGACUUCACCUACGACUCAGAAGUGCCUAGCUGUCACUCUGUAUAUCUUAGACAAGAAGGAUAUCUGGCCCACAAUAACAGAACAGAGGGAUGUAUGUUCGACAAAGUUGCAAGGCACUUCUACGAUGACACUUGCGUGGUACCUGAGAAGGUUGAAAGUGAUAUAAAGCAGGAGGCGGGGCUCUACCGUGAAGGCCCGACCUAUCAGAGACGAGGCUCACUGCAGCUCUGGCAGUUUUUGGUGGCCCUAUUGGAUGACCCCUCAAACUCACACUUCAUUGCGUGGACAGGCCGGGGCAUGGAGUUUAAACUCAUUGAGCCAGAGGAGGUGGCACGACGUUGGGGAAUUCAAAAGAAUCGGCCUGCCAUGAACUACGACAAACUUAGCAGAUCGUUGCGCUAUUACUAUGAGAAAGGCAUCAUGCAAAAGGUGGCAGGCGAAAGAUACGUGUAUAAGUUUGUCUGCGACCCCGAGGCUUUGUUCUCCAUGGCCUUCCCUGACAAUCAGCGUCCGGUGCUGAAGACGGACCUGGAGCGGCAGAUCAACGAGGAAGACACCGUGCCGUUGUCACACUUCGAUGAGAACAUGGCGUACAUUCAAGAGGGUGGCUACUGCAAUCCGCACCCAUACAACGAGGGCUACGUCUACUGAAAACUGCUACCGGCCGUUCGAAAACAAAACAAACUUUCAGACUUAUCCCUCAUUUCCUUCAGUCAUUCCCCAGGAUAAAAGAGAGCACUUUAUGGACAGAGGAUGAUGGCAGUGUGUAAACCUACAAACGUACUGGUGUAAUUACGUUAGAUGCUCCUUUGGUGUUUUUUGUUGCUAUUGAAGGGGAUGGGGUGUUUCAGCAUGCCGGUUUCUCACAGUGAAAGACUCUUGAGGGCAAAUGGCCUCUUUUUUGAACUAUUUAGACAGGUUAGAGUCUGGAGCACGUGAGUGGAAAAAACCCAACCUCUUUUACCAUUGAAACUCUUGGAUUGUUUGUGGAGCGCUUUGUUAUUUUCGCACAGUUUCACUGCAUUUGUUUUCUCCCCCUUGGUGUCAAACUGAGUAAAUAAUACAGUGUAUUACUAUGGAAAUAAAAUCCUUAAAACUUUC